CAUAACCUCAAAGUUUGUUUUGAUUACGGUGAGGGAGGAGAUUUUCUCCAAAAAGUCUCAGAAAUCUCAUUUCCUGUGUGCAAAAAAAUCCUUCGCAAGCAAUGAGGCACGUUAAAUUCCUUGCCCGGACGGUGCUGGUGCAGAAGAAUAACGUUGACGAUGCUUGUAGAGUGCUAAAUCGCAUCCUUGGAAAAGAAGGGAUUUUCGAUCAAUUCCGCCGGACGAGAUUCUAUGAAAAGCCCUUCCAGACCCGCCGUCGUGUGAAUUUUGAGAGAUGCAAAUCAAUCUACAACGAGGACAUGGACCGGAAGAUUCAAUUUGUUCUCCGGAAGAAUCGGGUGGAACCUUUCCCGGGAUGCCAGUAAAUACAUGAUGUGCGUGUGUGUAGUUCAAAAAAUAUAUUUUCUUCAUUUCGUA